CGUGCGAUGCGCUUGAUAGCAGCACUACCACCACGGUUCACUUGAAUGCACUCCCUUUUUGGGGGUUUGUUGAAAGUAAAGGGAAAAAGUCUAGACACAGUUUACAGUUACUGUUGCUGUGCAUCAAGUCUGUACAGAUACUGACUCCACAAGAUGGUUGAAUGCGUGAUAGUUAGGACAUUCUAAGAAAUGCAGUCUGUGUCAUCUACCAGUUCCUGGUGCGGCAACUUGCACCAGGCUCAACAGGUGGCUGCUCAAGGAUUGCAAUGGGCCUUCGGCUGCUUGCCAUGCGUGAAAGGACAACACCGAGUUCAUCCAACCAACCUCGAGUCUUCCAAUGUUUUAUAUGUAGUAAUCGAUGCAAAGAAGCGAUUGAGGAUUCUUCACAUUCUGCCAGACUCGGACAGCAACCUUCCAAAAGUUCAGACCAAUUCAACAGACCAGGUUGAUUUAGCAGACCACUGCAGUUUAGAUAGCUCUGGAGGUGACUACUGGUUCAUGCGCUGGAAUCGCCCAAUUCGACCUAAUUUUCAGCGGAAUUUAUGCAAUUGUUCCUUUCGGAGAUCACAAAGUAGAUCAAAAUCAGAUCUCAAGGAAUCAAAGUUGGAGAACAAUAAUGAUAGCAAUGUCUUAUCGACACUGGAAGAAACAACCAAUUUGCAAAACUCAGUAGAAAAUACGUCCACAGAAAAGAGUUUGUGUGACUUGGCAGAAAAAAUAUCACAGGAUAUUUUAGAUGAAGCUGUUCAAAAAAUAUCGGAGAUUAAAAGCAGCUCAAGCAGUCCGUCCAUGUCCUCCAAAGCUUUUGAACAAAAGGAAGUCAAUGAUUCAUCUAACCACUGUGAUAAUGUAGAUGUGCAGGAUGUUGAACUGACUGUUCAGGAGAGUCAAUCAGACUUUGGUGGGUAUGUUAACCCAGUGUUCAUAGCAUCUAAUGACGCUUUAGAUUUGAUUCCAAGUGAUGAAACACCAAAAGAACCCUGUGAUACUCAGACUGUUACUGAAGAUAACAAAGUAAUAGCAACCAAUCCAGAAGCCUUCCUCAAGGAUCAUCAGGACUACAAUGCCAAUGAUCAUAAGCAGCAAGCCUUUGAAAAGAGUGAUGAUAAGCCAAAUCAAAAUGUAAUGUCGUUGAAAGGGGAAAGUCGAGACCGCAAUAAACACAGAAAAUCUUGCCUUGCUAGCUUCAAAGCUCAAGUAAAGAAACCGUUGCUGCUGUUGAUUCAUGGAGCAGGCAGUAACUGUGAGGUUUGGCAAAACUUGAUUUCUCAUCUUGUUCAAGGGGGCUAUGAGUGUUUAGCACCUGACCUUUUAGGGCAUGGGCUCUCCUCUGCUCCGGAUCAUGCCAAAUCGUAUACUUUCCAUUCUUACUUACAAGAUCUCCUGUUUAUCUUUGACCGGUUUGUUGCUGAAGGGAGGACUGCCGUUAUUUUAGGACAUGGCUAUGGCUGCAGUUUAGCUGCUGCCAUCGCCCGCUACCGUCCAGAACAAGUGAUCCAGCUGGUCCUGAUCAGUGGAGGUGGGCCCACCCCUUUGGCACCAAGGAUUCCACCCUCAGUCUCACCGUGUCUCAGGGCUUGCCUGGAGCCGCUCCUCAUGUGUGGCUUCAAACGAGAUGUGGUGUACUCCGUGUGCGGCAAGCAGAUAGAGCCAAUAUCUCCUGAAGAAAGUGGUGUUCCUCGUCACAUUGUUGGACACAUAUCACAAGGACAUGUUUGGCCUGAAGGCGAUGCAGCCUUUCACCGACGUAUUGUUGCCCCAACUUUAUUGGUGCAUGGUAUGAAGGACCAGCACAUUACCCUAGUACAAGAGUGUGAGAUGGAACGAACAAUUCCCCGCUCUUUUCUUGAAGUCAUACCAGAAGCUGGGCAUUGGGCAAUGCUUGAGACCCCGACUCACUUAAGUCAUAUGAUUUUAUGCUUCAUCGAUUGGUGGGCUCCACCAAAUCGCACUCAGUAGCUUCAUACCUUGCCGUAAUCUAUUAGAAAACUGCUUAAUUGUUUUUUUUUGUUUUAAACUUGCCUCAAUCAGGAGAACAAAUGGUUGUACAAAUUAUUGUAUACUUACGGCAAUAGCUAAGUCAAAGGCUUUGCUUUUUUUGAAGGGAGGAAAAAGUCAGAAAAUAAUGUUUUAAAGAUUACAUCAUGAAAGUAAGUUAGCAACAUGGCUUCCCUCGUAUAGUAGAUUGUUGUUGUUUUAGACCUCUAGUUUGAAGUGCCAAAACAGAAUCAGAGGCUGACACUAACAUAUUUUUCUCCCCUGUACAUUACAACUACUUAUAAUCCUAGUAUUAUUUUUUUUAUGUUUGUUCUUUUUGUUUGUAAAUUUUAAGGCUGAUCUUCAAAUACCAGUUAUAAUAACUAUUUUUUUGUCAUUUUCAAUUUUAGCAUGUAUCAUAUGUUUGUAGAUUUCUCCCCUAAAUUGACAAUCCAUUCCAAUUUUUUUGUCUUUUUUAUUCUAUGACUUUGUCUUUGUUAUUCUGUGACUGGCUUGUAAUUGUUUUGGUGAUAUAUUUUCAUGAAGUGUAAAUUCUAGUUUUGGGAUUGUGUAUUGACAGUACAAUCAAUGGGUGUUGAACAAAGUGUUUUGAUUAAUGUUAUCCUUUGUGGAUCUUUUACCUUUGAACUGUGCCUUUGUUUUACACCGAUGAAAGUGUUUCUGUAGCAAAGUUGCCACGGAUAAACUCAUAUCAUAGCUCUAAGAUUUGAAAGACUGCCUGGAUUGAUACUGUUUGAAAGCCUGAUGUUGCAUGUUACUGGUGUAUAUUUUUAAUAUUGUUCAUUUGUACCAAAAAUUGUAUAUUUGUUUUAUGAAAUUUGAGCAAGUCUCAUUGAAAGAUAUCAUUGUCUAUAUGAUAAGUAUUUCAAAUUUUUUCUUUGUAGUUUUUAUUAUGAUUUUUGUUGUUGUUGUGAAGAAUGUCUUUUUUUUGUUGAAUUUGUAUUUCACCAAUACAGUAUAUGAUAGCUUUGAAUAAGCUUAACUUCAUAAAGCAGAUUUUAGGUAUCUUUGAUUUCUUUAUCCAUAGCACUUAAUCUUGGUUUAUCUUUUACCUAGUCUGAGCUGCGAGAAGUGCCUGUAUACAUGCCUGGAUUGUAUUAUGUCUUUGCAUUACUGCAACCUACUGUAAAUGUUAUAGCUGCUCAAAAAACUCUUAAAAUUACCAUGGAACCAAUUUAAGCAAUAUUUCCCCAUUAGUUCCUUGUUUUAUAAUUGUAGAUUUCUCUUUAUUUUUUUCUUGCCUAAACUAACGAGUUGUGAAACCCUGCAAAUGCUAUUGCGAUUUUAUUCAUACCAACGGAGUAUUAUUGUUGAGUAUUUUCCUACAGUUUUGGAAUAUGUUACUACGGUCCUGGCAGGCCUUAAUUGUCCAAGUAUUGAGAAUAGUAUGUAGAUUACAAACUGUUCGUUCCUGUAUGGAAACUAUUUUUUGAAUAAAUAAAAGAUUUUAAAACUC